UCAAUGGCUUCAUCAGUUCUUCGUUCUCAAAUUCCUUUAGGAGGAAUAUGUGAUGUAGAGUCAGCAAAACAUGUUGCAAGACGUCUCUUUGAAUCUUAUGAUCGAGACAGAAAUGGAAUCUUAGAUCAAGGAGAAGUAGCACCAAUGAUGGUAGAUGCAUAUAAAGGAAUGUCUAAAGGAUUCAAUCCAAGCAAAUCAGAUAUUGAUACCUAUUUGAGAAUCCUUGAUAGAAAUGGAGAUGGCAAAAUUACAAUCUAAGAUAUUGAAGCUUUGGCUAUCAAAUACUUAGUUGGAAUAACUGGUGAGUCACCUAAAAGACCCAAAAGAUAGUAUUCUAAAUUUGUUGAAGAUCGUCUAGAUGUUGCUAGAAGACUCUUUCGUAAAUUUGAUUAAGAUAAUUCUGGAUUUAUCACUGAAAAUGAAGUAUGUUCAUUCUAAAUAUCGUAUAGGUUCCUUAAUUAUUGAUUGAGACAUAUAAAUCUAUGGGUAUUCAAUAUAAUCCCACUUAAGAAGAUGUCAAAUCAUGGAUGAGAAUGACUGACCUUAAUGAUGAUGGUUAAGUUUCACUUGAAGAAUAUGAAGACUUAGUUAUUAGAUCACUACAACAUGCAGGAAUCCAACUUGAAUGAUA